ACAGCAGCUAGCUUGCACCCCUCCCGUCUCCUCUGUCGGAAGCAGAUCCUCCUCCAGCCUCCUUAAACUGUGUUCACCGCCACUCAAACGACAUUUUGGGGGUUCGGUCUGUAGUCCUGCGUCCUCACACCCCUCAUAUCUCAGUGUGUGUUUCGGAGGAUAUUUAUUUUCUGUCGGAGUGUUUUGGGACCGAACACAUUGAGCUGUGUUUCUGGCUACUUCAGUGGGCGGAUAAAGCGGAGGAGGGCAUCCGGCGGGCCUGGCUGCUCCGGAGAGUCGGCUUGAAACGACGGAAUUCACCAUUUUCAGGCCCUGCACUGCCCUGCCAUGGAAAAGAUGAAGAGGAUUAAGAAGCGUCUGUCCUUAACGCUCCGCUCCAGUCAGACCAUCGACGAGUCCUUGUCCGAACUGGCCGAGCAGAUGACCAUGGAGGAUGGCGGCACCAAGGACAACGAGCCCUUCAUGAGGAACGGCCGCCCCCCCACCUCCCACAGCAUGCACUCCUUCCUGCACCAGUACACUGGCUCCUUCAAGAAGCCGCCCCUCCGACGACCACACAGCGUCAUCGGUGGCUCCCUCGGGUCCUUCAUGGCAAUGCCACGCAACGGCAGUCGCCUGGAUAUUGUGCACGAGAAUCUGAAGAUGGGCUCGGACGGGGAGAGCGACCAGGCAUCGGGGACGUCUUCAGACGAGGUGCAAUCUCCGACGGGCGUCUGUCUGAGAAACCGCAUCCACCGGCGGAUCUCUAUGGAGGACCUCAACAAGCGCUUGUCUCUGCCUGCUGACAUCCGAAUUCCCGACGGUUACCUGGAGAAGCUGCAGCUCAGCAGCCCGCCCUUCGACCAGCCGCUCAGCCGACGCUCCCGCCGAGCCUCGCUGUCGGAGAUUGGUUUCGGGAAGUUGGAGACGUACAUAAAGCUGGACAAACUGGGAGAGGGAACUUAUGCCACAGUAUUUAAAGGACGAAGUAAGCUGACAGACAACCUGGUGGCACUGAAGGAAAUCAGGUUGGAGCACGAGGAGGGAGCGCCGUGCACCGCCAUCAGAGAAGUGUCGUUACUGAAGGACCUCAAACACGCCAACAUCGUGACACUCCACGACAUCGUCCACACUGACAAGAGCCUCACGCUCGUCUUCGAGUAUCUGGAUAAGGACCUGAAGCAGUACAUGGAUGACUGUGGAAACAUAAUGAGCAUGCAGAACGUGAAGAUCUUCCUAUUCCAGAUUUUGCGAGGGUUGUCGUAUUGUCACAAGAGGAAAGUUCUCCACAGGGACCUGAAGCCCCAGAAUCUGCUCAUCAACGAGAGAGGGGAACUCAAGCUGGCUGACUUUGGUCUGGCCAGGGCAAAGUCCGUCCCGACUAAAACGUACUCCAACGAGGUGGUGACUCUCUGGUAUCGGCCUCCGGACGUUCUCCUGGGGUCGUCUGAGUAUUCAACUCAGAUUGACAUGUGGGGUGUCGGCUGUAUAUUCUACGAGAUGGCUGCAGGUCGGCCGCUGUUCCCCGGCUCCACUGUGGAGGACGAGCUCCACCUCAUUUUCAGGUUACUGGGCACACCCACAGAGGAGAACUGGUCGGGAAUCUCCUCCAUUGAAGAGUUUAAAUCCUACAACUUCCCCAAAUACAAACCACAGCCCCUAAUCAACCACGCUCCCAGGCUGGAUGGUGAAGGCAUCGAGCUGCUGCUGAAUUUCCUCAAAUACGAAUCCAAGAAGAGGAUUUCAGCUGAAGAGGCGAUGAAACAUUCCUACUUCAGGCAGCUCGGGAUGAAAGUUCACACACUCUCUGAAGGUGUAUCGAUAUUCACAAUAAAAGAAGUGCAGCUGCAGAGAGACCCUGGCUACAGGAACUCCUCGUACCCAGAGUCAGGUAACGGCAAGAUCAACAGGAGGCAGAGCAUGCUCUUCUAAUGUCUCAUGAAGAGGAUGGCUGACUGUCCAACUUUAUCAUUUCCCAACAACCUCUCGCAUGAGCCCACCUCCCCUCAGAGUGAACCCACCCCCCCUUUACCUGCACACACACACACACACACACACACACACACGCACACACCCCUCUGAGAGCGAUGGACUCUGGGUUGAUUCUUAAAGGAGACAGUGUUUAUUUAUUGGGGGUUGGGGUGAGGUUGAAUUUUUUGCUGCUAAACUACUACUGUCUGUAUUUAACACACAGUGUGUGUGCGUGUGCAUGUGUGUCUGUGUGCGUAUGCGUGUGUGUGUGUGUACAAGAUGUGAACUCGAGACGCCAUGCACAGUUGAGCAGUCAGUAAGGUUACGUUUGUUUUUCUGCUGACGAUUCUCCGGCUUCAUUUGAGUUUAGAAUUCCACUGAUGUUGAUGUCGACGCUGUGAUCCAAGUUGUUGUUCUCGUUUUGGUGCUUGGAGACUGAACGCUUCAGUUUCUUCAAGUUUUUUUUUUUGUUUCCUUUUAUAAAUAUGUAAAUCUAUAUAUAUUUGAAGUUUAUGUUUUUGUUUUUUCUUCGAGCUUCCGUGACUGAACUCUCCAACAUUUCCAGGUUUAAAAAGACUGGGACGAUUUCAUGCUCUCUUUUGAGGGCAAAUCGGUUUCUCUGGAUUCCUCUUUGACUUUCUUUUUUUUUUUUCCUGAAACAUUUCCGUCAGACUCUUCUCCGGACACCCUGCUGCCCUCAGGGGGUUUGAAAUGAUGGUCAGAAAGCACGAGUGUGAGUGGAUUGUGUUAACAGCUGUGAGUCCAAACAAACUGGAAGAACAUAAAGACCAACUUUCAGGUCUUUUUGUCCUUGAUCAGCAACGGGACCAUGGCGAGGAGCAGUGAGGAGCAGAACAGUUGGGAUGACGAGUAAAAGCACCAAUGACAGAGGAGGAAAACUGGAGCUGAACAGGAAAUCAUGAGACGCCCCACAGGAAGCCAGCAGGCCUUCCCUAAACCUCUCACCAACUGCCAGGACUUCAAUGCUUUUUGAAAAAAAAUAAUGCAAGCUACACUUUCCCGCUCUGUGUGUAUUCAAAGAUCUCACUGCAGUAACUCUUUUUAUUAACUUGCACUUCAGUGUGUUUUUUUUUUUUGGAAUCAGGGACCCGGGCCUCGACACGGCCGAGUUUACCCAUCAGUAUUAAGAUGUGUUCUGUGUCUGUGACCUUUAACCUCUCCUUGUGAAAUAACAGUGUCAUUGUGGCAUGUUUUUCUGAAGCAGGGGGGGAGAGAUGGGAUCGGGAUGUGAUAUUCAAAAGCAAAAAUGGUUAUUUUCCUACUUGGUGUCGGAACCACUGCUCCAGCAUUUGUACACAGGAAGAAAAAAAAAAAAAAAAAAGAUUUCAAAUUGAAAUAUUAGUCUUAACCACCCGCUGUGUUGUUUGCAACUGACAGUGAUGCUACAGAUGAAGCCGGCUGAGAAGUCUCACUUCUGUAAACUGCAUGUUCACAGCGCCAAAUGGAUAGAUCUCUGAAGUUUUAUUUACAGACUUUUAAAACGUCUGCCCGUGUGCUUUGGAUUCCUGAUUUUAUCAAGUUGCAGAACGUGUUUGUCUUAUUCCUGUUGGCUGAACAGAGGUGUGCUCACUCCUUCUGCAGAUAUUUCUGGCGGCAAUGUGAUAGCAAAAGAUGUUUUAAAUUAUGUAAAGGAAUAUUUUUGACAUUUUCAGAAAAAACAGUCUUAUUGGCCUUCUUGUGAAAAACUGGAUGAGAGGAUACUACUCUUACUGAAUGCCUGUGCAGUAAAUAAGCUAUCUCCAGGGGCCUGAUAGCUUAGCUUAGCUUAGCUUAGCUUAGCUUAGCACAGCUAUGCCUGAAAGAUAUCAAAUCUGCCAUAACCACCUCUGAAACUAACAAUAAAGCACAUUUUAUCACGUAUGUUUAUUUUUACAGAAUUCUUAAUGCAAAAGUGACACGUUGGGGUUUCUUAGAGGGGCACAUCGUGGACUAUGACUUGGCUGGGCACAGUAACGUCUUCAAGUCUCUAAGACACAAUUGUAUUAUGGCAGCUAAGAAAAAGUCCUGAACUCAACCCCUGUGUUGAUUAGUAAGAUGUUUUGAGGUGCUUUGCAGGCAGAUUUUUUAACUUUUAGAUAAAACCAGGCUAGUUGCCAGCUCGGUCUAGUGGUCAUGCGAAGCUAAGUUAAACAGCUCUCAUCAAGUCCUCCUGUUUUAUUUAUUUUUUUACACACAUAAUUGAAUUUCUCAUCCAGAUUUUGUCAAGCAAGGGAAUGAGCUUGUUCGUUUAGAGCCGUACCCUCAUGCUUUAAAGUGCAUGGAAGAGAAAUACAUCAUGGAAAAGGCAGAUAGAGAGCGACUUCUACGCUCACAGUAGCAAAAAAAAAAAGUGAGUGCAGUGCAGUGCGUACGCUUCUGCUCUUAAUAACAUCAGGAAUGCAUUGAACAACCCGGGUUGAACAUGUAAGAAUGUGAGAAGAUUUCUAUCUCAUUUCAGCUCUAUUGUUCCACAUCUACAGGAGAAUUUCAUUUGUGUCAUCCGCUGAGGUUUAAAGGAUUUCAGCAACACACGAGGUCUGUGUUAAACUACACUGAUCAGGUAGAACAAGCUGAGAGCAUCCAUGUAAUAAACAUAGUACGACUUUAACACAGUUUGAAGCUAACAGUGGAAUAAUCCUGUUCACAUACUGUGUCACUUAUUAUUCCAGGAGUUGAAAACAGUGGCAGAAUUAUUUGUAAUGCUGCAUUAAUUGAUUUUAAAAGCUCUGAAUGUGCCCAAAAUUUGGUCGAUUGAAGUUAAAAACAAACUGUCACCUCAGAAAAACAUCAAAUCAGAGGUGUUUAAGAACCCAAAUAACGAGGAAAUGAUGGUUUUAACGCAAAAAAAAAAAAACUCCAUUAUAUUAAUGGAAAACGUCCUGAAUUACAUUUAUAGCCAUUUGAUUUCUCCCAUGGUAGCUUUAAAAGGAGGCGUCCGGUUUCUAACUUUCAUUUUGUACAUCAUGUUAAUCUGUCUCCUGCAGGUUUGGAUGCUUCUCUGAAACUUCACCACACAACAACAACAACAACAAAAGAUGACUAUUUUCUACGCAUCAGAUUUAAGGAUGGAGUAUUUUUCAUUCUUAACUUCAAACUGUGUUUCUGCAAGAAGCAGUUUUUGUGACAUGCGUGAAAGGAGAUUUCUGCAACGGCUUAAUAUUUAUCAUUGUAAAACUGUAAAACUUUUCCAGAUGUAUGAAUGACCUGAAUUUAUGUGAACAUGUCUGAGUGUGUGUGUAUGUGUGUGUGUGCCUGUUGCAUGGAAGGCCUGCUGUGUUGUGAAUUCGACCUCUCUGAAACACUGAGCUGCCAGUCAACAGUUGGUGUGUGACUCUUUUUACUGGAACUAUUUAUUUCUCAUAACCAUGGAAAGUAAAUUUAAUCUGUUUCAUAAACUGUGUGUGCAGCAGUCAUUCUCUGGGCGGGGAAAGAGUGUGUGUGUGUGUGUGUGUGUGCUUUCAAAAGAACGCAGUCACUCGGAAAAGUAAUUAAUUUUAUUCCAAAAACAAUAACAGUUCUCUCAACAUACCAAUAAAACGCAAGAAAAAUCA